GUUGACCUCUUGCAUUGAUACACCUCUAAUUUCGUUUAAAUCGUCAGUUUGUGAGAAUGGAAAAAAGUGAAGUCAUACUAUUAAAUGUUGGUGGUUAUAUUUAUAACACCACAAGAGCCACCCUUGUCAAGUAUCCAAAUUCAACGCUGGGUUUGAUGAUGAAAGAGGAUACCCUGUUCAGUAAGGAUCAAGAUGGAAACUUCUUCAUUGACCGAGACGGACAAAUGUUUAGAUACAUACUGAAUUUUUGUAGGUCUGGAAAACUUUGCCUGCCACAACAAUUUUCUGAUUAUGAUUUACUAGAAAAUGAGGCCAAAUUUUACGAAAUUGAACCCUUGGUAACUAGUAUCAAAUCUUCCCGAAAACAAGCAAUGAAAAAAUACCAAGGAUUCAAUUACAUAGAAGUUGUGGAAGAGAAAUCUUAUUACUUUCUACACUCUACAUACGUACGCACAGUUACAUCGUUAUAUGGGAGGACUGAUGAUCUGAAAGCAUUGCCUCCAGACUUUGUCAAUUUUCCUGAAAAUUUGCUAACGGACCUCGGUUCAAAUUACAGCAAACUGACGAUCAAUAAAUGUGAUGUAAGAUUACAGAUUGGUGAGUUUCUCAGCGAACGGGGAUGGGUUAAAGAACAUAGUGAUUUACAGGUAUCUUCAUCAAUAGAAGACACAGGAUACUCAAAUAAAAAGUACAAGGAACUAACCUACAGGGAUGUCUGGAAAAUGUACAAGAAAAAUGAUUAAAUAUAUGAUAGCCCUGAGAGGGGAAUUCAGCUAAUAUACCUAAAA